CACGGAGGACAAGCCGCUAUCAAGAAAAGGGCGAAAAUCAGCUACUUCGUGCGCCACAUAGGACAUCGAGUUACACCAGACAUAAUGAAGCUAUUGAUCUUGGUUUGUCUUCUUGCCCUUCAUACGAAGCCUUGCAAGUCAGAUUUAUACAUGCAUUUCCCGCCAGGAUCCAAUAAUCGCUUGAAUGGCGCGGGUGAAAAUGUUGCAAACAAUGCCAGACUCUUUGAUUCACAGAACAACGACAAGUGUGGGUACAACGUGGGUGACAAAUAUCCUGAUAACCCUGGGGACAAUAUCAAUGAGAACAGACAAGAACCAAUGGAAUUUUACAUGAGUGGGUGCUCCUCUCAUGUGAAAACUGAAGUGGAUAUCAUGUGGACAAAUCAGCAUGGAACAGGACCAAAGACUGACGACAGGGUAGAAACACAAGUCAUUUUACAGUACAUGUGCCAGCCGUUCCCGGGAGGCAAAAUGCCCACUGGUAAUGUGGAUACCGACUACGAAUAUCACACCAUUCGAAAUGGUCAAACAUCCGCGUCUAACACAUUUGCUGACCAGAAUCAAGAGUCAAGUCAAAUUUCAAAACAAAACGGACUUCAUGAGCCGUACAAUUACUAUCAAGCUUAUUAUCGCAGAUAUAGAAAUAAAGGCUUAUUCACCGCUGACCAACAGCUUGCUGGCGAUUUAUCAAUUUAUACGCGGCAGAAUAGUCAAGGUACCAUAAGGGGCAUGGAGGUCCCUGAAGAACGCGAUUACUAUCCAUACUGGGGACCCACACCAUGGAAGGAUAUUGCUAUCCUUGUCAGCGAUAAAAAGACUGAGGAGCUGAUGAAGAAAUACGUUAAUAGGUCCAAUUAUGGGCUCAAAUAUAUGUGCAUCAUGUCAAAAGGACUUAAGGAUCAAACUGACUGCCCCCCAGACAACCAAGGUGUUGUUGCUAAAAAAUGUGUCGCCAAAUACAUCACCAGGCAAAAGUGUAAAGCGGCUGGAGGGAAUUGGACAAGGUUCAUCACAAAUUACUUGGAGGAGACUGCUGGAGUGUUGAGCACUUGCCGCGGUUACGAUGACAUGAAACUGGCAAAAGGCGUGCCCUACGAAGCACACAAGAUCUCACAAGGAUGUGAUAAUCAGAAACAAUAUGUUCUUCUUAACAGACCUCCUGAAGUGAUCUACGCUCCAUCUACCGUCGUCAACCACAACGGAAUAAACAUGGAAGGAAAAUUUUCUUCUUACAGAUGGAAGGUCCCUUGCUUUCCAUCCAACACAACACAACGUUGUGUAAUACGGAUAAGGUACAACAUCACAACUUCUGAUGCACCGAGGGAUUUCGAUGCUAAUGAUAAUCACCGAUUGGCCAAUAACCCGACAACAAAAGCUGUUGAUAAUGAAACCGACCUCCAACUAGCUUUGAAUACCGCACAGGUUGGCAGAACCUUUCAAGACAGAAGUCAUGUGAUCAUUCUUAAACCGCGAAACCUUUUGCAACCGGAACAUCAGCAUCGCACCAUUCGCUACAUCGGGGGGAUGGGAAAAAGAGGGAACAUUGUACAGACCUAUCCUGCCAUGGAAUAUCGUUUUUUUCCUGAACGCAUCUCUGUCACAACAGAGGAAAUUGUGUGUUUCGUCUGGUCUGGUUCAAACAACAAUCCUUCGAACUAUGACGGACAAGGAACAGCAGGUACGGAUCGCACAAACGUUUGCUGGAUUAAGGAAGGGUGUACAACACUGGCCCCGAAAUCUUGUUUCAAUCUCCCUCUUGACGUCAUUGACUACGUUGAAGAUUUUGACGGUUACUUGUUAAAUCUUCACCUCAACUGGGGAUGUUUAGCCCGUAACCAAGUGCUGGAUGACGAGCUUAACAAUGCCCCGCCCUCUUGCAACCCACCGUGCUUCCGCAUCACAAAACCUGGAAAGUACUGUUACAUGGGCACGCGCAAUAACAAUUUCUCCAACCGACGUCACAUUGGUCAAAUCACUGUGACAAGUGCUUGA